GAAAGCCGCCCCGCUAUCGAUCCAUUCGCGCCCCCGAGCUUUCUCUCGCUUCUCCUCACAAGCCUCGCGAACGUCGCCACCGAGCAAUCGUCCCGGCGCACGAAUUGGGUGCGAUUUUAUUUCUGUGUACAUUUCGUAAUAACAUAUCACCUCGGCUCUUCCGUUUUCUCUAUCGAAAGUGCACCAGAAGACCAGCAACAGCGGCAGCAUUAUGGCGCAUCGAGGCGAACACUACAAGGCGAUUUUUCUAUUGUGGUGUGUCUCGGGCAUAGCAUUUAGUAUUACCGUCCCAUCGCCAAUAUCGCGGCAAGUGGACGAACAACGUUACACCACACGCAGAACGCCGAAAGUCUACGUAGAAAUGCCUACUCCGAGGACGAGAUUGCCCUUGCCCGUACCUCUUAACUCUGAACUCAAAACCACCACAUCUGUGCCCUCAACUACGUCGACCACUCAUAGAUCAUUUUCUACGGAAAAACCUUUGUAUCGGUUGGAUAGAAGCAACGGUCAAGCGUGCAUUCUUUUACAAGUGGAUGCCAUAAUCAGCGUCAAGUAUCGCACGAAACUCGGCGAAGAUGAAAAUGUCGAUAUCUAUGUGCCUGACGAUGCAACUGUGACCGGAAACUGUGACAAUGAAAAUACGGUCACAAUGUCGUUAAAAUGGAAUGCCUUUGUCCUCUCGUGGAGUUUUGCUAAAACACCCGGUGGCGAACGCUGGUACGUCGAGAAAAUCGAGCUGACCUAUAAUUCCAGUGACAAACACUUCGAGCACAUUGAUCAGCCGAACAAGACUAUUCGCUUAAGUACUGGCCAGAAGCAUAGCCCUAUGCUAUUUCCCACACCGGUUGGAAAAUCCUACGCCUGUUCCGAGGAGACGGAAAUUCCGCUCACCGACGGCAAGAAUCGCGCCAGUGUACUUUUGAGGGAUAUGAAGUUACAGCCGUUUAAAUUCAAGAAUAAUGAGUUUGCUGCUGAGUUUUCAUGCACUUCCCUAAGCGCACGAGCCAACAGAGACGAGACCGCACCGGUAGCGGUUGGUUCCACAUUGGCUGCUGCUGUUCUUUUAACAAUUACUGGAUACGCCGCUUACCGAUAUUUUAAAGUGAAAAAGGUCAAAUACGACACGAUGGAAUAAAGAAUCCCAUGUGAAUUCCAUUGUCACGACGAUGCCAAAGCAGCAUAUAUCGCCAAAAUCGACGUCUUUAGUGAACGACUUGUAGUUCUUGUCAACAUUUCGUCACACUAGUUCUGGAAAAAGAGAAGGUUUGUUAUUCCGUUAAGUAUUUUUUUUUUUUUUUUUUUAGUUACAGACGAGCAUAUCAAACUUGUAAUUAUCACGUCAUUAUCCAUAAUUAUCUCUGAUGGCACUUGACGAGUCGAUGCAGGGUCGAUGAUAAAUUGAUAUCUGGUGGUACUUAAAGUAGACUUCGUGUUCCGUGAUGCGAGAUAUCAUAUUAGAAUCCUUUAGAUAGUCAUAUCUGAUUAUAUAUUCGGAAAUUCUAUUAUAAAUAUACACUUAUAAAUAUUUCAAAAGAUUUGCAACGGUACAGACUUGUGCCGAUGUAUGCAACAGCAAAGAGACGUAAUCACUUUAAAUAAAAACAAUAUUCUCGAUAUGUGAUUUUAAUAUUCAUUAUUAGUAUUUCGAUUCUAUUUAUCUUUCAACAAAUUUUUAUUGCUAAUAAUUCACAAAUGUUAAACAAUAACUAUUCCCACAUUGCUUUUGAAAAGAUUUUUAACUCAUUUUCGUCAAUUAUAUUGUUGUCUACAAAAUUUCGAAGAGUCUUGAUAUUUGUAAAAGUCAUUAACGUUUGUCGAUUUUAUAAUUGAAACAGUCAUCGCGCAUAAAAAUGCAUCAUUAUGAAUACAAAGAACUAGAUAUCAUCAGUUCAUACCAUAAGUACUUUAAAGGUAUCGGUGCAUGGUGUAAUGGAAUUUUGUUGGUAGUAUUUGCGCAACAAGUUUGUCAAUCGUGUACAUCGAAUGUCAACGUAUUCGUUCGGAAUUCAAUGAGAAAACGACAUUCGUAAUCGCAAACUCGGAUGGUUGUACCGAUAGGCUCUUCGACUCGUAGAACUUGGUCUACGCGUCGUUAUAUCUACACAAACAUUGGAAAAAAGAAAAAAAAACAAUUAAAAAUCUCGUCACUCAUAUAUUUCACCGCCACAAAAGAGUCGCAUUAAUUACGAGAUCUUUCGAUUUUGCAUAAUUUUCUAGGAUACAUAAGAAACAUAUAUUUUAAUAUACCUUGAAAUACUUGCAUCGUGUACUAAUCGAGAUAAUUAAAUUGUUUCUCUCGGCGUAAAUUUGCGAUAUAACAUAUCUUUAUCCUUUGUGAAGAUUACACAACAUAUAAAUAUAUAUAUAUAUAUAUAUAUAUAGUGACAAUUUUGAUUGAUUCACAUCAAAAAUCGCAACGAGACUUCAAUGCCUCGUGAGACGUGAGACGGUCCUUCUUGGCAGCUAACAAUGUUAGAUAGACGGGCACUUAGGUUAUUUAACGAGAGUGUAUUAAAAGUGUUAAUACAUUUUGAUGUGGCGCCUUAAUUAUCGUGUACAUAGCAGUUGUCUAUAAUUUACUAAUAGAUCGUUUUCAAUUUUUUACUUCGAUUGUAUUCGAUUCUACAAUGCUUUACUCUUUGUAACGUAGCUUUAUAAGCUCUCGAUUCGCGACGCGCUUUGAGUCUAGAAUAUAUAUUUAGCUGUAAAUAUAAAAUUAAAUCAAUUCCGUCAUUUGUGUCUGACAAUGAGAUAAAAAUGAAUUGUGUCCCAGCUUAUAUAGUUUACAAUCCGAUCUCAAAUAUUGUUUGCUCGGUUUUAUGUAGAUAGGAAAUUAUGUAAGUAUACCUCUCACGAGAGCCUGUUUCUCAAAUCUUCUUCGAAAUAUUUAUAUGAAUAUGUCAAUUUAAGAACUACAGUAAUAAACAAUGUAGAAUGACAAUUAUACAUGUGUCAUGAUAAGAUAAUUUAUUUAUUCGAUUUAUGAUUCUCAUUUUAAAUAUGUACAAUGUAGAAGUGAUGUAGCCGUUCUGUCACGCAAGUGUGUGAAGCGUUUAUUUUCUAAACAUAGAAAUUAUUUGAAAAUUAGUGCCGACACGCGAUUACUUUUUCUAUUGCUGUUGCCUGCUGAAGUUUUCAUGUUUUUAUAUUCUACAUUUUAUUUUGGAUUGUUUGUUUCUUGAAUAUAUUUGUAAAGCUCGUGAAUAUGCGCUCGUUAGGAAUUUAUGAAUAAUUUAUUCUAGCGUAUAAAAUUCAAAGUUAGUGAAUUUUUUUCAUAUAAGAUUUUGUCCAGAUUACGGUGUUGCACAGUUAUGAUUGCGAAGUUUAAUUAAUUAUAUAAGAUAUAUAUAUAUGAUGGAUAAAACAAUUGUGCGAUGAUAAAAGGCGAUUUAUUUAUACGUCGGAAAUAGCUAAUCGCUGGCGAUGGCGCGCGAUAAAUAAUAUAGUUAUUAGAGAAUUAUACCUAAGUGUAAGACGUAUGCGUCCGCGCGUGCAUGUAUUAAGAAUUAUACAUAUCUACGUGCUCGCAUACAUACGUCAUAUAUGAAGAGAAAUACUUACGUAUAUCGAUAUAUACAUAAUAUAUAAACCUCUGUCUUCCAAGCGCAUAUUAAAGUUACUUCGUGUGUAAAUAUAUAUAUUACGGAUAUCGUAUAUCGUAUUUCCAAGAUUUGUCAAUCGUCGAUUCGUAAAUGUGGCCGACAGCGUUGUGCGAGUAUCGUGACAAUUCACAAGAUCUUAAGAGGAAUUGAAAAAUCUGUAGACGAUUUUGAACAAUCUUUACUGGUACUUUUCUGAGGCAACAAUUGAUACAAUUUUAUGGUUGAAAAAAGAAAGAGAUGUUAUAUACUCUAAGCUGAAUCUAUUUCGAAGUCAGUAUAUUGCCUAUCGCAUAAAAAAUUUAUCGUGCAAUUCAAUUUAUUAUAAUGUCUAGGAUUUGCUUUUGUGUUUCAAAAAAUUGAUCUGAGCCGAGUUGGAAGCACGCUUGAAAGAUCGAAUGAACAUCACUUAUGCUCGCGGUACGGUGAUAUUAACACGAGGAAGGUCUAGCUGUAAUUAUGAGAAUGUAUUUUUGUGCUAAAGUCAAUCUUACCAUAGGUAUUAACGGAUAGUAGUUGUUAAGAAAGUUAGCGGCGCGAUUUUGCAGCUUGCUCGUCUGGUAGCGAUGUGUAACAAGUUAACGGAUGAAACAUUCGAUGGCUCUGGAUUUAACAAUAAUUAGUGUCGUUUCUUUUUCUUCCCCUAUCUUUUUUUAAAUAUUUUUUGAACUAUAGAAGACGAUGAUAACGACGCAAACUGCUGAAUCGCGACGUUUUUACGAAGGAAUGGCGUCAAAUUAUGAAUCAUAUCGCUUGAUCUAUAGCCGCAGCGUUAAGUCUUGUAACAAUUAUUAUAAUGCAUUAUCGCGAGGAUCGCGAGAACAAAAAGAUGAAUUCCGAUUUCACGUAACAUACAUAGUGACAUACAUCUACUAAAAAUUGUAUCAUAUCGAUAAAAUAAAGGCUGUUAUACAAGUUCA